AUGAGUGGGAGCCAUCAGCUGUACGAGCGGGUAAAUUCAAAUGAAACAGAACUACCAAGUGAUCCACCUAAUUAUCUCGACUUGGAGUCUAAUUUGGUAGAUAGUACCGAUAACGGCAUAGAGCAGUUUGAGAUAGAAGACGAAGACUUCGAACAACCGAGAGAAAAUGAUAGUUUUAUGGUACGGGCAUCGUUUGUGACGAAGAAAUUUGCAAGUAAUUUCAGCACCCGAGUAAUGCACCCGGUAAGCAAAAUAAUUGACCCUAUAUAUGAAGGGUACAACCAUUUUAAUACCCUAUACGAGAGGUUGAUUUUGAAGCUAGGAAAUCCGCUAGUGGUAAAGCGUUUACUAUAUGUUUUCUUCAUAAUGAUUGUGAUUUUCUUUAUAACAAAAUACAACAUCAGUGACGGUGUAAAUGGAGUGAGUGGAGGAGCAUUUUCUUCGGGUAAGUUUUAUGACAUAGAUAUGUUGGCGAAUUCCGCUCGUGAUUACAUAGACGGAAAGGUGAUGAAAGAGAAUUUAGAGUACUUGUCUUCAAUGCCACAUAUAGCUGGCUCAAAGGGAGAUUUAGCGUUGAGUAAAUAUGUUCAAAGUUAUAUGAAGGAGAAUGGAAUAAAGAUGAUUGACUUUGAUGAAUUGCAAAGUUUCACGAACUAUCCAGUAUUUGAUAAGAAGAAAACAUACGUCAAAUUAGCUGAUGAUUCUUAUGAAGCAACUUUGUAUGAACAAGGCAAAAAAGAUAUGGAAUAUUUGUCGUAUAACCCUAACUCAUUGAAUACGAAUGAUGAGUAUGAAAGUUUUUACAUAUAUGGCAAUUUUGGGACCCAAGAGGACCUCAAGAAAUUGCGAGAGCAUAAUGUAAAUUUACAAGAUUCUAUACUUUUGAUCAAGUAUGGGGGUUCAACUCCAGAUGCAAAUAAAAUCCAGAUUGCUCAACAACAAGGUGUGAAAGCUAUUCUUUUCAUUAGUUCGAAGUUUGAUAUAGGUACUGAUGAUAAUAAAGUAACUCAUGAUGACAUAAUUCAGAAGGAAAACGUUGGUGCUAGUAGAUUCAGUCCGGGAGACGUAUUAACACCUGGUUGGUCCUCUGAAGAUGGAUAUGUAACCAGAUUGCCAUGGUUUAAAUCGCAAACUACUCCCAAAAUUCCUACAAUUCCUAUCUCUUGGAAAGAUGCUUCGCAUUUUAUUUCUCAGUUGGGUGAAAACGGUAUAAAAUUUGACGAUGGUUUAUAUUCGGGCACGAAGUCCUCUGACGCCAAACAGAAAAUUAAACUAAGAAUUACCAAUGACCAAAGACAAACAAAUCAAAUUUGGAAUAUUGUAGGAUCUAUUCCGGGUAGAGAACAAGUAGAAAAAGGUGUUAUUAUAGGGGCAAGCAGAGACUCCACAUGCUUCGGUACUAUGUCAACCAACACAGGUACUGUCAUCUUGCUUGAAAUGGUUAAAAUAUUCAGUGCGUUGCAAAGACAAUAUAACUGGUCUCCUGCGAGAUCAAUAUAUUUUGCAUCUUUCGAUGCAUCAGAAUAUAAUUUGGCUGGGUCAACUGAAUGGGUCGAGAGCAGAAAAGAUACUUUGAAAAAAGAGGGAUAUGCCUAUAUUGAUUUGAGUGAUGCAGUAUCUGGAGAUAAUUUACUGAUUAAUUCUCAUCCCUUCUUACACAAUCUUAUAAAAGAUGCCUUGAAACAAGUAAAGAGUGAUAAAAGUGAUUCCAAGCGUACCACUGAUACCAAACGAGAAGACCAUAGAAUAAGUCUUUACGAUCUUUAUACCAAACAGAAUAAAGGCAGUGAUGAUAUUUCUAACAAUUUAGUUGACCAAAAAAAUUAUAUCCCCAUUAUUAAUUUGGCUAAUAUUCCAUCCAUGGAGAUUAAGUUCACUGGUUUUAGUUAUCCUGAAAACUCUUGUUAUGAUAAUUUUGAGAAUUUUGAAAACUCUGGUGUUGAUUCUUCAAUGAGCAAACACAAGCAACUAGUUGAAUUAUUGUCUAAAAUUGCAUUAAAUCUAGCAGAAGUACCUAUUAUUCCAUAUAAUUUCGCUAACAUGGCAAGUAAAUUAGUCACAUAUUCUGAUGAUUUGGAAAAGUACGCUAAAGAUAAGAUAGCUCAUUAUGAAAAACAAGUCGAGCCUAGAAUGCAUUUCGAUGCUUUGCGUAAAUCAAUAGAUAAAUUUAAAAGCUCUGGCGUUAGGUUCGAAGAAUGGUGCAAUGCGUGGAAGCAAUUUGUCAAAGAGUCCUCGGACAUUGAACCUUCAUUAUUGGCAAUGAAUAGAUGGAAAUGGAAUGAUAAUAUGAUAGAAUUAAAUGAAAAGUUUAUUGUCAAGUAUGUAAAGCCACCACGUCCAGGUUAUGUUAACGUAUUAUUUGGGGCACCAUUUCUGGCUCCCGAUAAUGGCAAUGAGGAUUACGAGUGGAAUACAUUCCCUAGUGUUAGAGACUACCUUGAUUUAGAUGAUUUUGGUAGAGCACAGCAUGAGAUUGAUCAGUUAGCAACUUUAAUUGAUGUAGCUGCACAACAAUUUUUAUUAUUAUGA